AGCGUAGCGUGAAGUAAGCCCAUAGAAAAGGUUUGUGAGUGAUGUAAGCCCACAAACAUUUUACCCCAACAGCUGUCAAGUAUCGGUGUUUAUGUUUGUUUUGUAGAAUAAGUUCAUAGGACUUGCAAAUAGAAAAUGAAAACGAACGAUAAAACGCAUUUUCAUCAACCAAAGGGUGGUGCAGCGAGUGACCAUCGAAAUAAAAGUAAUCGCGGUCAAGGCAAACGAAAGGAUAAAUUUUUCCGUGAAGUUUCCAAGUCAGAAACGAAUACAUUUCAACAUCACAAUAAGGACAAAAGUGCCGGUGCUAAUCGGCCACCCGGAAAGCAUGGCCCCCCAGGCGUACGUAAAACGGUAGCAUUUAAGCCAAAACAUAAUCAACAACCUGGCAAGGACGGUAAAUAUGCGACGAACGGUAACAGGAAUAAAGGUCGACCACAAAACGGCAAGCAGCAGGGUGGUUAUAAAAAACAACAUUCAUCUGCACCGGGGAAACCGGCUGCAGCAGCAACCGAGAUCCGAUACGAAAGCAAACCGGAAAAGGUAAACUAUUGCCUAGCACCGGAGCGCCUGGAAGCUCAAUCGCGAGCGAUGAAGCAUUUCGAACGGCAGGAACGCGAGCAGGAGUUCGAACGAAAGAAGCACGAUCGCCAGCAGAAGCACAAAAUGAUGACGCAGAAAACGCGCAAAGGACAGCCGGUAAUGCAGGGCCGGCUGGAGCUGCUGUACGAGAAGGUUAAAAAAGUGGUCGGCGUGCAGUGAGCGAGGAGUUCGGACACGAAAGCAAUCGAUCUAAAGUGUAAUAAAUAAGCAAAACAACAGGCACAACACUUGUUGGUUUCCGUUUUGCUAGGCUGUAUAAAAAAGGC